AUGUUUAAAAACCUGUACAAAACUUUAACACAGCCCAUCGACUACUACGGACAAGACUUGGCUAAAAAGGCAGCUUAUAACAUUCUCCUUUUAGGAUACAGUCUUGCAUGGAUAAUCGGCUACUUCAUGUCUGAUUUGAGGUACACGUUUUUCACGGGCAUUGUGACUGUGCUUGUAGCAUUCGUUGUUGUAGUACCGCCAUGGCCAUUUUACAGACGUAACCCGUUCCAAUUCAAGAAACUAAAGAAGAUUGAUUAAAGCAAUGUAUGUUCCAAA